AUGUACAUGUACAGAGAUCUACAGCGUAUGGUUGUUCUGCGCCGGACACUUUUAACGGUUGCAAUCUGCUGUCACUGACUGAGGCAACAUGGCGGCGGGGUACGUCCUAAGUCGUGGUGCGCUAUCACUAGGAAUACAUUGUCAGCGGGUCUGCAGGACUGUUUCGCUCCCGCAGGUCAGGGAGAUAAAGCGGUGGAUGAAAGCAUACACGUUCCACAUGGCAAAGAAGCUGAAGCUGGAAGGACCUCCGCCGCCGACUCCACGAUCUCAAAAGCCUCACUGGGACUACCACGCUGAGGUUCAGGCUUUCAACACGCGCCUCCACGAGAACUUCUCCCUUGAGCUACUGAAAACUGCCUUCGUCAAUCCCUGCUACCUGCAGGCGGAGCAGGAGAGGAGAAAGGGGUCAGGAGUGGACCCCGAGGUCACCGCACUUGUCCUGAAAGACAACAGCAAGCUGAGUGAAAAGGGGGCAGAUUUCACCAAAAGCUUCCUGACCGACUGGUGCAGAGCCAGCCUCCCGGGCCUCCCGGGUGAAGGGUUGGAGAGCAUUGUAGGGCACCUCUCCAGUCCAGAAGUCGUGACCUAUGUGGCAAGAAACCUCGGCGUUGAGGAACUGACCAUGAGCGCGGAAUUCCCAGUUCCAGAUGGCGUGCUCUAUACUACAUUCAUGGCGUUGAUCGGCGCGCUACAGGAAAGCAGCGGAGCAGAGCGAACCGGAUUGUUUCUCAGAGAUUUCCUGGUGACUCAGCUAAUAGGAAAGGACCUGUUUGAUAUGUGGACUGUGAUCAACCCCAUGGGCCUCCUCGUGGAAGAGCUUACUAAGAGGAAAAUGCCUCUGCCAGAGCCCCGCCUCAUCAGGUCCGCAGGAGCCAGUACCGUCCUGCCACUAUACUUUGUCGGCUUGUACUGUGACAAGAAGCUUCUGGCUCAAGGUCCAGGAGAGACACUUGGAGCAGCUGAGGAGGAAGCGGCUCGUGUGGCCCUCCGGAAACUUUAUGGCUACACCGAGAACCGCAGACCCUUUGACUUCUCUCCACAACAACAGCAGCAGCAGCAGCAGCCAUUAAUUCAGUCAGUCAGCAGCAAUUAAUGAAGUGACAACUCUUAUGUUACUGCAUACAAUAUUUUGAAGAGGGAGGGUACUGUUGGACAAGAAUCUCAUUUUCAGAUUUGCCACAGAUUUUAGAGAGAAAAUAAGAAGAAAAGGUUCAAGCCUUACUCUCUAAAAACUCUCCGAAGUGUGGCUCUGUUGUAAGUUUCAGCUGUCCACUAACAUUUGACUGUGCCCUUGUAAAUAAUUAAAGCCAUUUGGUUUACUUUGUGUUCUGUUAUGAGUUAUUCCUCUGUAAUAAAUAUAUAUAUAACUAUGUA